GAUCACAGGGAGGAGUGAAGAGCUCCUUCCUCUCUUUCCUCUCCCGGCGGAGAUCCACGGGUGGCAUCACCCGCCUGCCCACGGAAGAAGAUUCGGGAAUCUUCUAGAAUAUCUCCGGGAAAUGCAGGACUUCCAGCCGGUGACCGGCGGCAUCUUCGGUGGCGGGGUUGAGCACCGCCGCGUCGUGGGCUACCCGGCGGAGGUGGCGCGGCAGCAGCAGCAGCAGCAGGCGGUGAAGUGCCCGCGUUGCAACUCCGCUAACACCAAGUUCUGCUACUACAACAACUACAACCACUCGCAGCCCCGCCACUUCUGCAAGUCGUGCCGCCGUUACUGGACCAUGGGCGGCGUUCUCCGCAACGUCCCCAUCGGCGGCGGCUGCCGCAAGUCCAAGCGCCCCCCUUCCUCCUCCUCCUCCUCCUCUAAACCCUCGUCCAGGCCGUCCUCCGAUGCGACCGAUGAAGACCACCACCACCGCCGCCGCCGCCGCCCCUCCUCCGCCUCCCGAUGCAGCAGCGACAGCCCCAGCCUCAGGGCCGUCACCACCGCCACUACCUCGACCCUACUCACCUCCCACAUGCCCAUCUCCAACAAUAACCCUCCCUUCGAACCACUACCAGUGGAUCCCCCACCGUGCCCGGCGCCAGACGUCUUCCAAGAUCCAGCGGCCGUAAGCUUCACGGAUGCGGCCUCGAUCCUAGCGUUCAACUUCCCGGACCAGUCGCACCCACAAGAGGAGGCAGCAGCGGCGGCGGCGGCGGCGGAGGUGAUCAGGCCAGGGCUCAUAGAUCAGACGGUACCCUUGGAUCCCGGGCCGGGCGGCGGCGAUCUCCCGGCGCUGGAUUGGCCAGAACCGGCGGACUCUGCACUCUUCGAUCUCACCAGCGCCGUCGAUCCUGUGGCGUACUGGAAUCAGAGCCACUGGUUGGACGCCGACCCCUCCCUCUACCUCCCGUAGUCGAUUAAUCCACUCAUUAACGUUCCUCUUAAUAAUAUAUAAAUAUAAUGGAAGUUUUAUUUGGGCCCUCUUAUACAAGGAAAUGGAAAUUAUUACUAUUUUUCC